CGGUUCGGAUAUGUGGAUGAGUAGGCUAGAGGAUGUAGGGUCUGGAAGGCGGCUCAUGGAUCUAUGUGACAGCUAGAUUAUAAGAAUGAUGGCGUUAGCGUAGAUGGCGUUCGAAGCGUGAUGGGGAUUGCGAGCGGGAGGGAAUGACGAUAGUGAGUUGGUUCAGUUGUAACUGACAACGUGAGCGACGGAAAAGAUUGGGCUACGUUCAACUGUCGUCAACCGUCUGUGCGCGCGGAGCUGCCUUCAAAGCGCGCGAGCGUCUUUCAUCUUGGCUCCAUCUUCGUCUUCCAGCCUUCGUCUCCCACCGUUCUCCGCCGGUGGCUCCAAAUAUCUUCUUUCGUCUCCUUCUAAUCUCUCGCUCGCAGCUUUCGUUGUUUCCUUAUCCAUUCCUUCAAUCUUCGAUCGCCAGUCGCCGCCUUCUCUGAAAAUAUUGACUGCCGUGUGGACAACUAUGUUGCAUCUUCACUCUCUCAUUUGUCGCGGCCGUCGUCUGCAUUGCGACGCUUGACAAUUUCUCUUCACUUUACUGCGGUGUCAUAUCUCCUGCUUUUGUUGGUUUAUACCUUGUCAUGGCAAUCUUCUGAACUGUGAGGGUUUGCGUUAGGUCGAGUGUCUGACUGUCUCGAAAGUCGGCACAGUCUUCAUACCUUGUUUUCAACCUAUCCAUUUACUUGACUCUAUUAGUGAACCUUUUGCUAGGAUCACUUCAUAAAUGUAGACUGACUUUGAUUAUCCCUCAACGAUUGUUGCGAAUUGAGUUUGCAGCAAUAGUGCUAUUCUUGUCUGCUAGUUGUGUGCUUGUUCCACAUUGAAGUACACGCAUGGUGUAGCUUUACGUCAUCCUCUCUGCAAACUGUUCACAAUGGCCGUUUGUUAUUUCCGUUCAUCAGCUGGUGCCAAUUUGAGAUAGACUCUGAUAUAGACUUUAGUUAUCGAAUUAUGCCACGUCUUCUAGUGCGUGGUCAAUCCUGGCUAUGGUACGCAUCAGUCCCGACCGUGAUAAGUUGGUUUUGUCCAAUCGUGUAGCGACUGUUCCUAGUUUCGCACCAUCACGUAUGUCAUAGAUCCUGUCGGGUUUUUCUUCGGUGCUUGAUACCUAUCUGUAAGCUCAUGGCGCCUUGAACGAUGAUCUAAUUAAGUUGUAGCUACUGUUCAGCGUUAGUGACAGGAAGGUGGGAGAAAUUUUCAGUCCACAAUUCAAGCCACUCGCGCCUGUGAUUUUUGCCGGCUGUAGUACGAAGCUGAACUGAUUUUGGUAAAUUCUUAUCUCAUUUGGAAGGUUGCUAUCUUCUUGUUCAAUCUAAAAUGGCACGCUAAUUAAAACGGGAGUCUCAUCAUAGUUUUGAGAGUUCACACUUCAUGAAAUAUCGAGAACACUGGGAUUAGAUUGGUAAAAUAAUAAGACCGACACGAAAUAGAUGGUGCACUUCUGAAAGGUCUCCCGACAGGGUACUUACGAAAAAGUAGUCUGCAUCUGUCUACAUGACGCUUCGUACACUUUCCGAAAUAUUAUAUCACAACGCGGCGACUGGACAACAAUUUCACUGUGUAAGUGAAGGAAUUUGUGAACAUGAGUGUAAAGAACAUGAGACUAGAUACUGAAAAAGAUAAGAAUUGUUUAGACACUACUCGAGAUUUGUCCUGUGGCAUUCAGAUCUCGAGCAGUCUGCAAACACAACCCUCCUCUUACGCGUGUUGUACAUACACCCUAGCAUUAAGAUAGCUUCUGUCCUUUCGAGUCCACACAAUCUCCUUAUCCACUCCAAACGCCCACCUAUGCCGUUCUCAUCGUCACCACUUCUUUCUCCAGUGCCAAUCUGAAAGAACAGGCCAAAUACGGCGCUAUGCUUUCUCAACUAUCAUUAUUCUCAGAAGCGAAAUCACUCAAUUCUUCGUGCUCAUUGUCGGAUCCAUGCACGCCCCUUUGCUCUCAACGCAAUCUUUCUCUGAUGAAUUCUGGCAACCUGUGUGGAAAAUUCUGCAAUGAUAUGAUCACUUCUUGGCUAUAGCUCUGCUCGACGAUGAAAAAGCUCUUAAUUCCUCCUGCUGACUGGGAAGCUAUGUCUAGAAUACUCUUAAAUUACACCUCCAAAAACGGUCUUUCACCAAUGGCAAGGGACAUAUUGCCUCAUUCCUUUGCCACCCUGCCCCCUAUACGAUUGGUUCCUCAAAUUCCGCAUCCAUUAAAAACAAGCCUCCCAAGUUUAAGCUAGUGAGCUGGUAGCAAGGGGCGAUGGCGAGGCAUAAUGCAACAAAGCCUGUGACACUCAUUCUUGCUGCACUGAUGGUUCUUUCAGCCACCGACAACGUCGAAGGUCGUCAUCACGUCAGAGAUGGAAAAAACUGGCGCAAAGCUCAUGCAACUUUCUACGGGGGUGCUGAUGCUUCAGGAACUAUGGGCGGUGCAUGCGGUUACGGAAACCUCUACAGCACUGGCUAUGGAGUCGAUUCGACAGCUUUGAGUACAGCUCUUUUCAACAAUGGGGCAAAAUGCGGAGCUUGUUUUGCGAUCCAAUGCUAUCGUUCACAGUAUUGCGUUCCAGGUUCACCUGUAAUCACUGUCACAGCUACAAACUUCUGCCCUCCUAACCACAAAGGUGAUGGCACGCCAGGAUGGUGUAAUCCGCCAAUGCGUCACUUCGACCUUGCGCAGCCUAGCUUCACCAAAAUCGCUAAGUAUAGAGCCGGCAUCGUCCCCGUUCUCUUCAGAAGGGUACCAUGCGAGAAAAAAGGUGGCGUCAGGUUCACUAUCAAUGGAAAUAAGUAUUUCAAUCUCGUCCUAGUUCACAAUGUUGGUGGAAAAGGCGAUGUGCACGCAGUAGACAUCAAGGGAUCCAAUACAGAAUGGAUUCCCAUGAAGCGAAACUGGGGAAUGAACUGGCAGACAGAUGCUGUUAUGACUGGCCAGGCACUCUCCUUCCGAGUGACAACCAGUGAUGGUAAGACCAUAGUCUCUAUGAACGCAACGCCAUCUCACUGGAGCUUCGGCCAGACCUUCGAGGGAGGUCAGUUCGCUAUGAAUUGAAUUCUGUAACCCCAAGAGCGGUGCCACUCGAUGAAUGCUUUAGGCGAAGAGUUGAUCCACAAGGGAACCUAGACGCAGUUGAGUCUCAAUCUAGCUUCAUGAUAUUUGUUGAUACCUAUACUGGAUACCAAUCGGCGUCUUGAAUCCUCAACAUCUACCUUCCACGCUUUACCCAGAUAUCCCGAGAUCUGGCCAACGUGAACGGUUUUGAAAUUUACCAAUAUCAGUAGCACAUAAAACCCAUGGGGUACAAUGAUUUGUAGGUAGUGCGCAAUCAUGGGGAUCCAGGAUGUAUUGCCAAAGAAACGCAAGAAUUAUCUACAUUUGACAAUAAAAAGUUUGGCGGAACUGUAAACAGUGAU